AUGGAGGCCUCACUCCUCACGCUGGAUGAGGUCAGGAAAUAUGGCUAUUGCAAGUUGGCAAGCGUCGAUCACACCUUGGAUGAUGCCCAGCUCGAGACUCGGUGUCCCCUCGAUAACGGACGGCACCACGGCCAGCCGAAGUAUGGAGUGGGAUCGCUAGACCGACUCCCCGCCGAAGUCCUCACCGAGAUUCUGUUGGGAUUGGAUAUCCCGUCUCUGACUGCCUUUCGGCGCGUGAACCGCCAGGCCAUGAACCUCGUCGACGCGAUACCCUCGUACCGAGCAGUGUUUGAAAACUGCGCCGAUGUCCUCCGGGCUAUCCUCAGCAUCAACGCAAAGCACUUUGAUUGCAGGGACUUGUUCCAGACUCUCUCCGGCACCAAGUGUGUGACCUGCGACAAGUUCGGUGCCUAUCUCUACCUCAUCACCUGCAAACGCGUCUGCUACUUCUGCUUCACCUGGGACCUCAAAUUCUUUCCCGUCGCCGCUGCGCUCGGGGCCAGUCACGUUGAGCCUUUCAGAGAAGAACUAGACUCCCUGCCCCAUGUCAUCGCUCUACCGGGACGCUAUACGCCGUGUGCCAAGCUGGUCAAGAAGAAGAGAUGGCUGUUCGACCGCCAGGGCGUGGACGGCAGGCUAUCGGAGGUCUGCGUUCGACGUUUGAAAAAGGCCGAGCGUCGAAUUGAUCGCGUGGAUAAGGAAGCUAUACGGUUCAUGUCUAUUAUUACCGCACCCUAUUUCACCUCGUCGGGGCGCGCAGCCCAUUGGGGAUAUCAUUGUGCCACCUUCUGCGAACUUCUUGUCGAACAGACUACCUACUCUCCCCAUAACCCCUCUUUGAACACCCUCGACCAUCAAAUGGCAUCACGCAACAGUAACAUCAAGCUGCUCGCACUGCUGGUGGAUUCCAGUGAGGAAGACGACAGCGAUUACCGUUUUCUAGUCGACGGGAAGCACGUCAAGUAUGUCACGGUCGCGCCGGGCGCCUUGCCCAAGGACAUCCGGACCUUCACGCCGGUCCUGCUCGCGACGCUGCCCCCGUUCCCCCCGGGGGACUGGAACGAGGGCCACGUAUCCAAGGACCCGGCCAGCGGCCUCCCGGUCUUCUCUCGCUGCGAGCGCAACGAGCUGCCCGGGGUCGUGAACGCCUGGCACCGCACGCGGAUCGACCACCUGGAGCUCGCGACGGUCCGCCGCCUGCGCCAGAACAUCCACGUCGCCACGCACCCGCAUUUCGGGGCCCGGGAGGUGCUGGUCAAGUUCACCGAGUUCCCGUGGCAGACGCAGUACUUUGAGGCGGAGACGGCGGCGUACCAGUGGAUCGGAGGGCAGGGGCUCGGCCCCAAGUUCCUCGGCCACCUGACGGAAGAAGGGAGGGUCAUCGGCUUCAUCUUGGAGUACGUGGCCGACGCGAGGUCCGCUGGGCCGGAGGACCUGGCAGCCUGCCAGGCUGUGCUGGGCAGGCUGCACGCUCUGGGCAUCAAGCACGGGGAUAUCAACAAGCACAAUUUCCUCAUCCGGGCAGGCGAGGCGUUGCUUGUCGACUUUGACUGCGCGACGCGGUGCAGUGAAAAGGAUGAGCUUGAUGCAGAGUAUGGACGUUUGGAGCAGUCACUGAAUGACCCUUCUCGUAGGGGUGGAGGAUUCUACUCCUAG